AUGAAAUGCUGUCCCACAUCGAAUGACUACGUCACUAUCAACAUCCCGCCCGGGCCGGGUAACACAUUCUCAGAACACAACCUCUUUCAUCUGAUCACAUGCCAUAUUAGGACCGCAUUGCUCAUAGCCAUACACGACCUAACCGAGACACCGCGAAUACCAUCCGUACCCGGCUUCCCCACGCUGGACAAGAAAGGCAAACAUGACAUUCAAAAACACGGGUUUUAUUUGGAACGUGGUUGGUCUGACGCAAGAGUAGAAUUGGUAGAGCGCGUGCGUUCGCUUUGGAGGUUGGUAAGAAGAAUUCGAGGACGAUGCUGUACUGCUCUAUGCUGCUCGACAGUCCCUUCAGAGAGACUGACUCAACCUCAACGUGAGCGAUUCGAGCUGAUCACGUCGAAUGCCGUGGCAAGUAUCAUUGCCACCACGAUGACUUCAACCGCCGGGCUACAGAACCUUCUCCAACACUUUCAUCAUCAUCAUACUAAAGCAACAUCCUCAGCUUCUGACGUGUCAUUACAGGCCUCACAGUACCCGACACCCAUAACCGUAAAAGUGGCCUCCGUGAGGAGAAACGUAAGGCCGCCGGGGGGGCCAAACGUGGCUCCGAAACGAACUAUGACGGGGAUGCUCGGAGCAAGGAGCAAGGAGUAUACAACAAACAUAGUUCCGGCAUUGGACGAGGGUGUGUAUUCGUGUUGUUCUAUCCCACGAGUACUGUACAGCCUCGCUGGUCGUUUUUUUUCGAAUGCGUCUGGUGAUGCUCUGCGUGGAUGGUGCAAGAAAGGCGCACUUUCUCGACGACGACGGCUUGAAUCGGCGUAUUGCCUAUCGCUGUUGAUCUUGGGACGCCGGCGACAUUGGUGGUUUCGGGGCGUUGUUGGAGCAAGGGGGUUUCCGCAACUCUUGACAGGCCAGGGUCGCCAGGGCAAUUUACUGCAAGCCAGAUCACAUCGGAUUCGAGAUGAAUACGAGAUGGGAUCAAGCGAACAUCUCGCAGCAUUCGUUGAAGAAGAAAGAGCUGACGUUGACUUGAUUCAGCCAGCGGCACCAACGCGAAAAUCACGCAUGAUCAUUAUCAAGCAUAGCAGUCUCGUGGUCAGACUUGGCCGACGCAGUGAUCGGUCGGCGCGAUGGCAUUCCUAUACGUUAGUAUCAGCGCCAGUCUCAGAUUACCGCACUGUCGACCAAAGUACAGGGAUUUACUCCCUCAUGGCACGGAGAACGGUCCUAGAGCAAGCACUAGACAAAACACCAUGUUGUCAAUCCAGUCAAGGGGGCGAUAGAGCGGGUCACGAGGAACAACCACGCACGUGGUUUCCCGUAGGUUGGACAUCGGACACGGCGGAUGAGGACAUGGGAGGAUGUCCGGUCCCAACUCUGUCGUCUCGAGGCCUGAUUGGGUACGGUCGCCGUGUCGAUGAACUCGCUGUUUUACGACAUCCGCUUGUUCGUGAUCGAUCUAGGCGGAUCGCGCUCCAGCCCGUGGAGAAUGUCCGCUCUGGCGGUGAGCCCAAACUCCACUCAUUUUGCGGGAUGUUGUUAUUUCCAUCGCUUGUCGAAAGUGUGAAAACAGUUGUGGUCAGCCCCAGUAACACGAUGUUGGCCGUCCGAGGCACGAUUCGCACGCGAUCAGCAGGUGUUGGAAUGACCGCAACUAUUGUCACAAUGCUGAUGCGUGGGCCCGGCUGGUCACAAGCCGACAGGUACGGCUUCAUUUUGUCGUGGCGUGUGCUCAUCGGUCCGCAUAACUUGAUUUCGGUCUGCGAAUGCGCAUAUUUUCCCUUCAUCAUCUGCAACAAUGACCAGCAUGACCAAUGCUCGAAUGACAAUUGGCAGCACAUCAGCCUCGGUCAGAUUGAUCGACAAGCAAAGCCUAAACAGAAGGUCACAGCAGCUGUGACAACCACGCUUACACCAUCUAGUACAGCUUGCAGCUAUCACAUAGGUGCUAAUGCAGCUUUCUUGCUCGACCAGAGUAGUAAGAGUAGGCAAAUGACGGCGUGGACGUUUUGGGGCUAA